GUACUUUCGGUUGAAGUUGUAUCGUUAAACAACGGUGGCAAUGUGAUAAUAGAUCUGAUACGGUCUAGGGUGUUUUUCGAAAGGUUUCCAUUCUUGAAAUGUAAGAGCUGCUGUUUGGUGCGUCGAAGGAUGGAAGAUAAGCUUGGAGCUAUAGAACGAGGACCGCAUACCAGUGGAGCGAUGUUUCGGUUAUUAUUGUUGUUGUCACUUAGCCCAGUGGCAUUCUGCGCUUUUGGUGGUUUAAUUGGACGAGUGCAAAGUGCUGGUGUCAGGGGCACACUGAUGUGCAACGGAAGACCGGCUAAUCGAGUACUCGUCAAAUUGUAUGACGAUGACAGAGGAAUUGAUAUGGAUGAUUUCAUGGGCGAAGCGAAAUCAGAUUCGCAAGGGAAUUUUGAACCAUGUCAACGGAAAAUCAGCAUAAUGAUACCGGAUGGAUAUAUUACGGAAGCAAAGGUACCAAAGAAGUGGUACAAUGUAGGCAAUGUCGAACUGGCUGGCAAAUUCGCCGGUGAAACUCGCGACUGUAUACACUGA